AUGCUUCCACAUCUUCAAAAUGGCUGGCAGGUUGACCAAGCCAUUUUAUCAGAAGAGGACAGAGUUGUCGUAAUCCGUUUUGGACAUGAUUGGGAUACUCAAUGUAUGAAAAUGGAUGAAACAUUAUUUAAAAUUGCAAACAAAAUAAAAAAUUUUGCCGUAAUUUACCUUGUUGAUAUUACACAAGUUCCAUGUUUUAAUGUAAUGUAUGAAUUAUAUGAUCCCGUAACUGUCAUGUUCUUUUUCCGUAACAAACAUAUUAUGGUAGAUUUAGGUACCGGAAAUAAUAAUAAAAUAAAUUGGCCAAUUGAAAAUGGACAGGAGUUGAUUGAUAUCAUUGAAACAGUCUAUAGAGGUGCUAGGAAGGGACGUGGUUUAGUGGUUUCACCAAAAGAUUAUUCCACUAAGUACAAGUACUAA